AUGAUCAAAUUAUCUAUUUUCAUCAUCAUCUUCUUCGAUUUUUGUUUAAUCAAUAGUUUUGAAUUACCACCUGAUAUUCGUAUUGGAGCUAUAUUUGGUAAAGGAGAUACAUUAUCUCGUCAAGCAUUUGAAUAUGCUGUUGCUAAAAUUAAUACUCAAUCACAAAUAUUUCAACGAUCAAGAAUUGUCGUUGCUAAUAUUGAUAUGGUUGAUCCACAUGAUAGCUUUUCUGCGUAUAAAAUGGUUUGUUCGCAAUUACAAAAAGGUAUUGCUGCUCUAUUUACUGGUCGAUUAAAUCCUGCAAUUGAAUUUAUAAGUUCCUUGACACGUCAGUUACAUAUUCCAUUAUUUCUGUCAUCACCUGAUCCACAAACCAAAGUUGAAUAUUAUACAAUUAAUGUUUAUCCACAUUAUACAGCAACAAGUCAAGCAUUUAGUGAUCUUAUUAAAUUUCAAGAAUGGGAAGAAAUUGCUAUUAUAACUGAACAUGCAGAAAAUUUACUUUAUCUUCAAGAUUUACUUAAAUUAACUUCAGAUAGUACACAAAUGAAAGUAACUGUAAGACAAUUACGAGGUCGACCAGGAGUUAAUACUUGGACUCCUCUAUUGAAACAAUUACAAGAAGCAGGAGUUUCAAAAUUUUUAGUUGAUGUAUCAACUGAUAAUCUUGAUGAUUUUUUCAAAUAUGCAAAAGUUGUUGGAUUAGUAGGACCUUAUUAUGAUUUUGUAUUAACAUCAUUGGACAUUUCGGUUGUUAAAUGGAGUAAAAUUUUAUAUACAUUAGUUAAUAUAACUGGUUUACAAUUUUUUGGUCGUGAUGAUCCAGCUGUUGAUGAAUUUUUUGAUACUAAUACUAAUAAUUUUGAUAUUAAUGCUCCACUAGUUCCUAAUGAACGUUCAUUAAGGGCAUCAGCUGCGCUUAUCUAUGACUCAGUUUAUUUCUUUGCACGAGCACUUAGUAAAUUUGUUGAACAACAUCCAUUUAAUAUAACAUCAUUAACAUGUGAUGCACAGAAGACAUGGAAACAUGGUUCAGCAUUUUCUCUUUUUUUAAAAAAGUUUGAAGCAAAUGGUAUAACGAGAAAGAUAAAAUUUGAUGAAAAUGGUUUACGAACAGAUGUAUCAUUUGAAGUUGUUGAUUUAGCUGCCAAUGGUGUUUUUAAAAAUGGAAAUUGGUCAGCAAAUGUACCAGAUCGAUUAGAAAUUCAAAGAAAUUUUACAAAAGAUUAUGAAACAAGAAAACAAGAAAUACAGAAUCAAACAAUAAAAGUAACAACAGUUCUUGAACCACCGUAUGUCAUGUUGAAUCCUAAUGGUACUAAUUCUACACAGAAAUUUGCUGGUUUUUGUAUUGAUAUUUUAAUUGAUUUAUCUGAAAGACUUAAUUUUUCAUAUCAAAUUGAAGUUGUUAAAGAUGCAACAUUUGGAAAGAAGAAUGAACAAGGAGAAUGGAAUGGUAUUAUUGGUGAAUUAGUUAAUCGUAGAGCAGAUUUAGGUUUAGCUGGUUUAACAAUUACAUUUCAACGUGAACAAGCAAUUGAUUUUACUAAACCAUUUUUAACACUCGGAAUAAAUAUUCUUUUUAAAAAAGCACAACGUGUUAAACCAAAAUUAUUUGGGUUUUUUCAACCAUUAAGUAUUGAUGUAUGGCUUUAUAUGAUUGCUGCUUACUUUGCUGUCAGUUUUGCUCUAUAUCUGGUUGCGAGGUUAUCUCCGUAUGAAUGGCGUAAUCCACAUCCAUGUAAAAGAAGUCAUGAUGAAUUAGAAAACCAAUUUACGUUUUUUAAUUCACUUUGGUUUCUUAUUGGAAAUAUUAUGCAACAAGGAACUGAUUUAAAUCCAACAGCAAUAUCAACUCGUAUGUUGAGUUGUUUAUGGGCAUUUUUUACACUAAUUCUUGUUUCAUCAUAUACAGCUAAUUUAGCGGCUUUUUUGACUGUACAACGUAUGCAAACGCCAAUUGAAAAUGCUGAAGAUCUUGCAGGACAAACUAAAAUUGCUUAUGGAGUUCAACGAGGUGGUUCAACAGAAAAUUUUUUCCGAGAAUCAAAAAUACCGACACACGAACGAAUGUGGAAUUAUAUGUCCAUUAAUCAAGCAACAGUUUGUACGAAUUCCAGUACCCAAGGCAUUAAUAAAGUAUUAGAGGGCAAUUAUGCUUUUCUUAUGGAAUCGACUACUAGUGAAUAUAAUAUAAUGAGAAAUUGUGAUUUAACAUCAAUUGGUGGUUUAUUAGAUUCGAAAGGUUAUGGUUUUGGUGUACCACAAAAUUCUCCUUAUCGUGAUAUAUUGAGUGAUACAAUUCUUAAAUUACAAGAUGAAGGUGUUAUACAAAAAUAUUAUAAUAAAUGGUGGAAAGAAGCAGCUAACUUAAAAUGUGAUCAAGAAGAUAAACGAAAAGAUAUAGCAGCUGAAUUAGGUUUUGCUAAUAUUGGUGGUAUAUUUGUUAUGCUUGCUGUUGGAUUAGUACUUUCAAUGGUAGUUGCUGCUAUUGAAUUUAGUAUUAAAAUACGAAAUCGAAAAGGAGGACAAAUUUCUAUUCGUGAAGAAAUGCGACGAUAUUUCCGUUUUGCUAUAUUCAAUGUAAGUGCUUCAAAACGGCGAGCAAGUGUAUUUAUCAACGAUGAUCCAUUACUGGAUUCACAUGAUCACGACAAUGAACAAAUAAGACAUUGA